UGCCUUACUCUGGAGUCUAGAGUCUGGAGCUUGUAGUGCAGCAGCUAGCUAGCAUCAGCAGCAGAAGAAAAAGAAGAAGAUCAAAGUAGCAAUUGGUGUGUACACCCUAGUGCUACUUCUACUACUACUGAUCAACUGGUAGCUAGUACUACUCUCCACUGUAUCUCUACUAUCCUCAAAUCAGCUAGCCACUGAGUGAGCUGAUCUCUAGACACCAGAGUGAGUGCUACUAGCUCUUGUGUUUGUGUGUUUGUGUGUGUGCAACUGUGCAUUGGUCUCCUCCAAGGCAGUCUAGUCUGCACCUUUCUUGGAUCUGAAGCUCAUAGGCACCUUAAUUAGCCAGGGAGAGUACCAUUUUCUUGGUUCUCUCAUCAUCAGGGUCACAGAACAAAGAAUUACAGGGUGAGUGAGUGAGUGAGUGAGUGAGUGAGUGAGUUUGUUCAUCAGAGGUAAGACUGAGAAAUUGAAGUUAAAUCAGCAGCAACAGCAACACUGCACUGAAAAGCACAAGAUCUUGUACCUGAGGGGGCAAGAGGGCAGCAAGCAAGGGUAACCUAAGGAGGAAGCAACCUCACAUGGUGAGUUGCUGGAACCAAGCCUAGCAAGCUGCACUUUCCAACGGCUAGCUCAUCGUCGGCUUCUCCGGCGCCGCGACACGGACACCGAGGCGACGGCGGCGGCCGCAGAGGAAGAGUUAGCUAGCUCGAGCUAGGUGAGGCAGCAAUGGCGCCUCCUCCGAACACGUACUCGGAGUCGUGGUGGGGUGGCAAGGAGGAGCGGGGCACGCCGGUGGUGGUGAAGAUGGACAACCCCUACUCGCUGGUGGAGAUCGACGGGCCGGGCAUGGCGGCGCCGUCGGAGAAGGCGCGGGGGAAGAACGCGAAGCAGCUCACGUGGGUGCUCCUCCUCCGCGCGCACCGCGCCGUGGGCUGCGUGGCGUGGCUCGCCGCGGGGUUCUGGGCGGUCCUGGGCGCCGUGAACCGCCGCGUCCGCCGCAGCCGCGACGCCGACGCGGAGCCCGACGCCGAGGCCUCCGGGCGCGGCCGCGCCAUGCUCCGCUUCCUCCGCGGCUUCCUCCUCCUCUCCCUCGCCAUGCUCGCCUUCGAGACGGUGGCCCACCUCAAGGGCUGGCACUUCCCCCGCUCGGCGGCGGGGCUCCCAGAGAAGUACCUCCGGCGGCUGCCCGAGCACCUGCAGCACCUCCCGGAGCACCUCCGCCGCCACCUGCCGGAGCACCUCCGGAUGCCGGAGAAGGAGGAGAUCGAGGGGUGGCUCCACCGCGCCUACGUGGCGUGGCUCGCCUUCCGCAUCGACUACAUCGCCUGGGCCAUCCAGAAGCUCUCCGGCUUCUGCAUCGCCCUCUUCAUGGUCCAAUCCGUCGACCGCCUCGUCCUCUGCCUCGGCUGCUUCUGGAUCAAGCUCCGCGGCAUCAAGCCCGUCGCCGACACCUCCAUCUCCAACGACGACAUCGAGGCCACCGCCGGUGACGGCGGCGGCUACUUCCCCAUGGUGCUCAUCCAGAUGCCAAUGUGCAACGAGAAAGAGGUGUAUGAGACGUCGAUAUCGCAUGUGUGCCAGAUCGACUGGCCGCGGGAGAGGAUGCUGGUGCAAGUGCUGGACGACUCGGACGACGAGACGUGCCAGAUGCUGAUCAAGGCGGAGGUGACCAAGUGGAGCCAGCGCGGCGUCAACAUCAUCUACCGCCACCGCCUCAACCGCACCGGUUACAAGGCCGGCAACCUCAAGUCCGCCAUGAGCUGCGACUACGUCCGCGACUACGAGUUCGUCGCCAUCUUCGACGCUGACUUCCAGCCUAACCCCGACUUCCUCAAGCUCACCGUCCCACACUUCAAGGGAAACCCGGAGCUAGGGCUGGUGCAGGCGCGGUGGAGCUUCGUGAACAAGGACGAGAACCUGCUGACCCGGCUGCAGAACAUAAACCUGUGCUUCCACUUCGAGGUGGAGCAGCAGGUGAAUGGCGUCUACCUCAGCUUCUUCGGGUUCAACGGCACCGCCGGCGUGUGGCGCAUCAAGGCCCUCGAGGACUCCGGCGGCUGGAUGGAGCGGACCACCGUCGAGGACAUGGACAUCGCCGUCCGCGCCCACCUCAACGGCUGGAAGUUCAUCUUCCUCAACGACGUCAAGGUCCUCUGUGAGCUGCCGGAGUCGUACCAGGCUUACCGGAAGCAGCAGCACCGGUGGCACUCCGGCCCCAUGCAGCUCUUCCGUCUCUGCCUCCCGGCCGUCUUCAAGUCCAAGAUCUCGACGUGGAAGAAGGCGAACCUGGUUAUGCUGUUCUUCCUGCUGCGGAAGCUGAUCCUGCCAUUCUACUCGUUCACGCUCUUCUGCGUGAUCCUGCCGCUGACCAUGUUCGUGCCGGAGGCGGAGCUGCCGAUCUGGGUGAUCUGCUACGUGCCGGUGAUCAUGUCGGUGCUCAACAUCCUGCCGGCGCCCAAGUCGUUCCCCUUCGUCAUCCCUUACCUCCUCUUCGAGAACACCAUGUCCGUCACCAAGUUCAACGCCAUGGUCUCCGGCCUCUUCCAGCUGGGGAGCUCCUACGAGUGGGUCGUCACCAAGAAGGCCGGCAGGACCUCGUCGGAGUCCGACAUCCUCGCCCUCGCCGAGGCCGCCGACGCCGACGCCCGGCCGCCACCGGCCAAGCUCCACCGCGGCGUCUCCGAGGGCGGCCUCAAGGAGUGGGCCAAGCUGCACAAGGAGCAGGAGGACGCCACGGCGGCGGCGGCGGCGGCGGCGGCGCCGGGGACGCCGGUGAAGAAGAGCAAGGCGGCGAAGGCUCCGAACCGGAUCUUCAAGAAGGAGCUCGCGCUGGCGUUCCUCCUCCUCACCGCCGCCACGCGCAGCUUGCUCUCGGCGCAGGGGCUGCACUUCUACUUCCUCCUCUUCCAGGGCGUCACCUUCCUCGCCGUCGGCCUCGACCUCAUCGGCGAGCAGGUCAGCUAGCGACCACCACCACAAUAAAGAAAAAAAAGCCACCGCCGCCGCCGCUGCCGCCGCCAUGCGUGCACAGCGCGCCGGCUGGCUGGCCGGAGGCGAAGACGACGACGGCCAGCCAAGACACUUCCAUGGAUCGACAGAGGAUUACAUUUUUAGCCUUCUUCUCCUUAUUUUUAUCCCUUUGAUAUAUUUUUUGUUCAGAGAUAAAAAAAACAGAGUGCGUCUCCAUGUUACAAAGAACUCUUCUUUUCUUUGUGCUUUAAUUAGCUAGUGCUUUGUUGCUAGGAGAGGCAAGCAGGCCGCAUCAGGUUGUUAAUUACAUUCAGAUUAAGUUGUGUCAAUUCAGUAGCCACAUCUUGCUAAUUUGCCACAUUAUGUUAUGAUCAACAUGGUGAUAUUUUGUAACAGAUACUGUACUACAUAUCAAUGGAUAAAUCAAAUCUUGUAUGCAAGUUUAAAGUGUUCAUCAA